AAAAUGGGAUAGUCGUAUCCAUUCGCGGCGACCACCCAGCCCGCGGACGUGGGACCGGUUUUCACUCUCAAAAACACGUUGAUACGCCUUAAAUAUUAGAUUAAUAACCGAAUAAAUAUCUAAAAACCCUCAAUUUAUGUACACGUGAUCAUAAAAACGUUUUUAACGUUCAGGGAGUGCGAUAAACCGAGCGAGUUUAUUCUAAACACCAUAACGUGACUUGUCACUGAGAAAACGCUUUGAAAUUCGCCUAAGCUUCGACAAUACGCUGAAAUCAUGUGAAAUUACGUUAAAACAGACUCUGUAAUAAAUUGUGAUAGUAAUUAUUUAGAUGUUCGACCAGUGUUCAGUUCGUGACGAGUGAGAAUCAAAAAUAAUAAUGGCCGAUUUACUAUCUCCGGGUUAGAUUUUUUUAAAUAAUGUGGAAAAUAAUAAAAAUGAAUAAUUGUUCAAAAAGUGGGCUGUGUCUGAAGUGGCGUUGGCGUAAACGUUGGCAUGAAAUUAAAAAAAUAACCAUUGAUUGUUACGACGGAGGCGUGAAUGAGUAUUUUUCAUAGCUACAUUGGGUUUAGACAUAAUAAUUAAUUUAAUAUUAAUUCAAGAUGAAUACUUUUAACGCACCAACCACGCAAAUAAAUGCGAUUGACAAAAUGACAACUGUGAAAUGUAAAUCCGUUGACUUGGAGGGAUAUGUUAUUAUAGUAGUGCAGACUAAGGAUAAUAAAAUUAAAUUAUACGGUUCACCAUCAGCCGGUAACUGGGACAACUUGGAGUUGGCUGACGAGAUCAUGGACGUGAACGAGACCAGGCUCGAAGACAUGUCUCGGGCUGAAGUGCUCGGACAUAUACAUGAGUGCAUUUCAUCGUGUGUCAUCAAACUACGAGUGAAGAGACGGAGCGAGACCAAAUUACUAUCAGAUAUCGGGCACAACAUAAUCCAGGAUGCAUUCCUCAUUGCCGUGGAGGAGCAGGCGCGGCAGCGCUUGCAGCGGCUGUCAGCGCUCAAGCGGAUCACGCCGGUCGACAUGUCCAAGCUGUCUGUAGAGCUCAACCGUCGAAAACGAACUCAACCAGAAAACAGACAGGAAUUGAACGGCUACAUCGCAAACUCGACAGUCUACGUCACUUCCAUCAACGAGAACGGAGCUAUCGAGAGCAAGCCCACCAUCUCAUCUCCGAAGGCCCAGCCAAAAUCCCUCCAGGCCAAACCAGCCCCCGUCAUAGCCAACGGCAUAGACAAAAAGAAGGACAUUAUUAAAGAAGAAGAGAAAGUGGAACCAGAAAAACACGAAGUAGACACAAGUGAAAAAGUUAAAGUGGUUUGUGAAAGUGAUAGUGGAGUGGUAGUUGAUAGGGAUAUUAGUGACGCGUAUAGUGUGGCCAGGGAGCACUUGAAUAACGGCAGGAGUGAGAAGCUGAUUGGGGAACAGCCUGAUCAUAGGAUCAGGGCUACGGCUAUAGUUGAGAAUAAUAAACUUGGACCUGGAGAGAACCGGGCGCGCAGACGAUCCGGCUCCAGCAUAGUGGUGCUGGGCGCGGAUGACGAGAAGCGAGCGCCGCCGGAUGACGACAAAGACAUGCUCACCAUGCUCUCACUCACUUCUGAUACCGGUCCCCACCGCGAGAUGGCGGUGGACGUUCCGGACAGUUUCAUCGCGAGGAACAAAACGCCUCCCCGCUACCCGCCCCCGCGGCCCCCGCAGGUACGCCUCCGGACCUCCAGGGACGACGAGCCGCUCCUCUCCUCCGGCGGCUCAGGCACCAGCUUCGGCAGCAAGCAAAGCACCGUCCUCCACACCAUCGACAUCUCCACACCCAGCUCUGACGGAUCCGGCAGCUUCAAGAACAACAGCACUAUAGAACUGCUGUCACUCCCACAGAGCUCUGACGGCUCAGGCAGCUUUGGCAGCAAGAAAAGCAAAGGAUCCUCAGAAACAGCCAAAUGUGGAGAUCUUAAUUCAGAAAGAUCAGACUCUGUAGCCUCAAACACCACUCACAAUUUGAGCGAUCACAAAAUCCAGCUGCUUAUAUCAAAUGGCGAGGAUUCGCUUCUAGAUUGUAGAGAAGGAGUGACGUACUCAGCGAGAACAGAUUCUGUGCUGAUCAGAGAAGCUGUCUACGCUUCAUAUAAGUUGCCUCCUGGCUUUGACACAACGCCAGUCCUCCUCGGGAGAGAGGUGGCAGUGGAUGUGCCAGACACUUUCGUUCAAAUUGUGAAAACGACACCUAAGUACCCGGGUACCACUACCGUGGACAGAAAGAGCGUGGCAUUUCAGCAGGUGAACGGCACAGCGAAGACAGUGGCGCCGGCAGUGCCCCCGCGCGACACGGCGCGGGACGCACCCCCUCGCCCACCAGCUCACGACAACGUCAGCAAGGAACAGAUGGACUCCAUUAAGAAGUACCAGGAACAACUCCGCCAACGCAAAGAGGCUGAAGAGAGGAUCGCAGCGCAGAACGAGUUCCUCCGCACUUCGCUCCGAGGGUCCCACAAGCUUCAAGCCUUGGAGUCCAACCCCCCCUCGUCGGGCACUGCUUUCGUCAACGAUGCGUAUGAAGACGAUGUUAGUGAUGACUCCACGCAGCUUUAUGCUGUCGUCGACUACCAAGAAGUAUGUGCAGCGCUCAGUCGCGUGCAGAAAGCGCUCGGUGCCAGCGGGGAGUCAGCGCUGGCGGCGCGGGUGGCGGGCGCGGCGGGCGCGUUGCUGUGUCCUGCGCUGCGCACGGCGCUGGCCACGAGGUCCGCCGUGCUGACGGCGGUGAGGCACAAGAGGCCAGGGUUAGCACCGCCGCAUACGCAUCGGGCUACUGAUAGGUUGAAAGACUGCAUGGAUGUACUAGGAGCGCACACGGCGUCAGGGGGCGAGACGUCGGCGCUUGCUGCGGAGCUGCUGUCGAUCCUCGGUGGGCUGGAGCUGGAGAGUCUCAUCCAGGCGCACGACCAGGCCGCCGCGUUGCUCGACCCAGCUUGCUUUACUAGGGGCAAGAGGCAUAAGACUGGCAAUAACUACAAUCACAAGGGCGAGAACGACAAGGCACUGACGGCGCACUCACCCGACGACCCCAGCGAACAUAUUAAAAUUAUCAAAAUCGAGAAGACUAACGAACCACUUGGUGCUACAGUACGAAAUGAAGGCGAGGCCGUUAUAAUCGGCAGGAUAGUGAGAGGAGGAGCGGCAGAGAAGUCGGGACUAUUACAUGAAGGAGAUGAGCUUCUAGAAGUAAACGGCGUAGCAAUGCGCGGCAAGUCAGUGCACGAGGUGUGCCAAGUCCUGGGCGCGCUGUCGGGCACGCUGUGCGUGGUGCUGGCGCCGCGUGCCCCGGCGCGGGCUCCGCCGCCGCACCGCGUGCUGCACGUGCGAGCGCACUUUGAUUAUGAUCCGGAGGAUGAUGUGUAUAUCCCUUGUAGGGAGCUUGGCAUAAGUUUCCAAAAGGGCGAUGUCCUCCACGUGAUCAGUCGUGAAGAUCCUAACUGGUGGCAAGCGUUCCGUGAGGGAGAGGAAGAUCAGACCCUCGCUGGACUCAUACCAAGCCAGGCAUUCCAGCACCAGCGAGAAUCAAUGAAGCUUACGCUAGCAGGCGAAGUAGCAGCCAGAGACAAGCCUCGCAAAGGAGGCACCUUACUCUGCGCGAAGAAACCGCCGCGGAAGAAGAAGGGGAAGAAGGCCACGAGCGAAGCUGGAUACCCCAUAUACUCUACGUCUGGUGGGGAUGUGAGGUUAAAUCUUCCAGAAUACGAGCAAGAGGAGAUCCUGACGUACGAAGAGGUGGCGCUGUACUACCCGAGGGCGUCUCACAAGCGGCCUAUUGUCCUCAUAGGCCCUCCCAAUAUCGGCCGGCACGAGCUCAGGCAGAGGCUAAUGGAAGAUAGCUCGAGGUUCGCAGCUGCUGUGCCCCACACGUCUCGUCCUCGCAAGGACCACGAGGUGCCUGGCCAGGACUACCACUUCAUCUCACGCACACAAUUCGAGGCUGACAUACUCAACAGAAAGUUUGUCGAACACGGAGAGUACGAAAAGGCGUAUUACGGCACAUCGUUAGAAGCGAUCCGCGAAGUUGUGAACUCAGGGAAGAUCUGCGUGCUGAACCUUCAUCCUCAGUCGCUGAAGAUCCUACGCAACUCUGACCUGAAACCUUACACCGUGUUCGUCGCACCACCCAGCCUGGAGAAACUUAGACAAAAGAAGAUCAGAAACGGAGAGGCUUUCAAGGAGGAAGAACUAAAAGAAAUAAUAGCCACCGCACGCGACAUGGAACUGCGAUGGGGCCACCUGUUCGACAUGAUCAUCAUCAACAACGACACCCAACGUGCCUACCAGCAGCUGCUGAACGAGAUCAACAGCCUGGAGCGCGAGCCGCAGUGGGUGCCGGCGCACUGGCUCAAGCACACCUAGCGCCGUCCGCCGCGCGCCGCGCCGCCGCCGCCCGCGCCCCGCCCGCUCGCCCGCCGCCGCCUGCCCGGCCUCACCAAGCUCCAGCGAGUCUUCGACAUCGUCACGCAAAUGGUUUUACAUUUGCUUUUCUACUUCCUCGAGGUUUGCGACAACAGAUUCAGAACGAACACAAAUAUGAGAGUACUCGGUAGCGAUAGACAGAGUAGAGAGGAUACCUUCUCCGAUCGUAAACACGUAGAAAAUAUAGAAUUUAGAAAUGUGUUCCCGAAAUCUUGUUUAGUUGAAAUUGAAUAUUUAAAAAGCGAGAGCGAUGCGAGAUCUUUUGCGUUAGGAUGACUCGAUUGUACGGUUCGAGUCGAUUUUUACAGAACGAGUGUAUUUAAUCGUUUCAAACAUCACUUUAGUUUAGUUACGGAAUUAUUUCAUAAAAUAUUAUAAGUGUUACGAGUGAGGUGCGAUUUACUUAUGAAAAUGAGUGUAGAGAUGGUGUUAUGAAAUCAAAACGAGAGAAAUAAAAUAAUACUUAUUUAUUAGUAAAAGUCGAAAGACCACGAAAUUCGUAAGUUUUUAUCCGUAAUUAUUGAAUUUCUCAUUUUGAAAAUAAAUAUUGGCAAUAAACUCACUAUCUGAUGUUACGAUAUAUAAAGAUGUUUUGUGCAUAAAUAUAGUGAAUACAAUAAAAGAUCGACUUUAUCAAUAUAAACCAUAGCGAGUUUCUUUUUAAAUUUUAACAAAUAUACUGCCUUAUUCGUGGAUGUUAUGUCAUUUUAAACUUCUAAGUAAUUGUUUGUUAAAAUAAGAAACGAAGCAAGGUUAGUGUUAUCUUUGUUUCUCGUUUUAAUAAUAUUUAGAAAUAGUUAUUAUAAUAAAUGACCCCAAGAGUCAGUCAUUAAAUCCUUCGGUAGUUUAGACAUUUAUAUAUAAAUAUUUGAAAUAAUAUUUUCAACGUUUUGUCCUGACUGACUCGGCAACGCACGCCCCAAACUUUUGAACCUAAAAGUAUGAGUGUAUUAUGACGCCAAUAAAAAUAAAAUCUAAAAUUAUCUCUUUGAAUAAAGGCAUGUUUAUAAUUAUUGCUUGAUAAUAUCAUUUAUACAAAACAGUGUAUUCAAUUAUGUACUUACAUAGAAAGUUUUUACUUGUAUUUAAAAUUCUACUAAAUUGGAAGAAUAUAUAAAAAUUGCCAAUAAAAAAACUUUUCGGUUAAAUUAAAUAGGUAUUAUGAGUUUGUAAACUGCUUUUACGAAAUUAUUUACAUACAUUCCAAAGUGAUUAUAGAAUAGUUACAUUCGUUUAGUAAUACUAUUUACUAUUUAAAAAAGAAUAUUAUGCAAUUGUGAAGACUGUCCAAUGCAAAUACCCAUUAUUUUUUCUUUGCUGCCCUGAAUAUUACUUUAAAAAUUUCUUAAAAAAUUAUAACAUCAAAGAUGUUUGUGAUUAAAUGAAAUUAUUCGCAUGUAUUGCCGGUCCGAAAAAAAUAAAUUAAGCAUGUUAAAAAAUUCUAAGAUUGUUAAAGAAAUUCUAAAAUAUUACAUACUUACUACCAACAAUAAUGCAAUGGAAUUUAUAGUUUGCAAUGAAUAAAAUAGAUAGUUAAUAAAUACGAUGAUAAACAAUAAAAUAAAUCUCUAAAUUGCCAAAUUUAUACGGUACGUAGUAAUAAAAAAAAUAGGAUUUUUUGAAAAAUUUCUCCAGUAGUCUUCUUGUGGAUUUCUCUAUAAAGAAACGACUCGGUGGUAGGACGUUAAUAGUUACAAUAAAACCAAUUAAAAUUAACACUGCUAUUAUAGUGAGUAGAAAAGCAAUAUUUUAUAUCCUUAUAAUCAAUUUACCUACUGUACAACGACAUAUCUGUUUUUUAUAGUAUACCUAUUUCAAUUAAUAUUUUCGGCCAAUAAAUUAUUCUUUUUGGCAAAUUUACCCGUUUAACGUAUACCUACCUAUAGAUAAAAUAAUAUUAGAGUGAAUAUUCGCGAACUGGGGUGUUGAUCACGUUAAACAACUACCUUCGUAUGGAUACCUUACGUGUAACCAGAAAAUAUUAAUAAUUUACAUCUUCACUCAAGUUAUUCUUUUAAAUUUUGAAUGAUUUCCAAUACCUCGUAUAAAGCCAUGUGGCUUAUUUCUAUAUGUCAGAGUAAAUGAUUUAUAAAAUUGUGUUCUACUUAUAGUAAUUUCAAAUCAAGUUGUACAAGACAAUAAUAACAUAGGAUAAUACUCGAAAAAAGUGAUUCUACUUACGAUACUGUAAAUGAACUUGUUAAAAAAUAAAAUGUGUAUGCGCUUACAUUUAUUUACAGUAUCCGUACUAUCACUUUGCAGCUACUACACUAGGUACAAAGUUUGGAAGACAUGAUUUAGACUUAUUAGUAUUAAUAUUGUCUGGUUACGAACACAAUACUGCGAUAAAAUUCAUUGCAAUACAAAUUAAUGUACGACCACAAUAUUCUAAAUGUCCCGAUUAAUUAGUUCCGUUAAUAUUUGUAUAUCUAUGUAGAUAGACAUGAGCAUCCAAAUAAUUUAGUGCCAAAUAUAUAAGGCCACAAUGAACUGUGGAUUUAAUAUUCAUUUUUAACAUAAUCACAAUUUUUUAAUAUGUUACUUUAUAUGUAUGUUGUAGGUAUUUCAUCAUUACCACUUUCAUGUUAUGUGUACUGAUUUUGAGACAUUGUGUCAUAAUAUAAAGUUUUUUUGUAAAUCAAUCGUGAAAUUGCAUUAGUUGUGUAAGUUAUUUCGUAUUUGAAUAAAAUAUAAAUCAGUUGUAACCUGUCGAGGUGCUAAAACUUGUAAACUAUAAUUUGUUUCUUUUUCAAAUAGAAAUAUAUAAUUCUGUGUGUUUUAAGUUAUAGUUAAAGUAUUAUGAGCACCAAUAAUGUUUGGAGCGUAGGUACUUAGGUAUUAAAAUUACCAUCAGAGAACAAUUUUCUUAACAUUUUUCGUGCUCAUAAUACGAAAUUGUGGAUUUGUCGAACUUCACAGUAUUGAUAUUAUCUUAUUUAUAAAUAGCCAUGUAUAUAAUUUAUUAACAACUGAGGAAAUGAUAAAGAUAUAAAUAAAUAACAUGUUAAUAGUGAACAAUUUAUUGUAAAUAAUAGAAUACCUAUUAAAUUUAAUAUCAGAUAUAA